ACACCUCAGGAACACCUCUCCACUGCCUGCUACCCGCUGCCCGGACACACCUGCAGCCCUGCCCAGCCGGCUCUGCUCACUCAGAGCUUGCCAAUGCCCCAGACAUGAGCCAGCCCAGGCCCCGCUACGUGGUAGACAGAGCUGCGUACUCCCUCUCCCUCUUCGAUGACGAGUUUGAGAAAAAGGACCGCACCUACCCGGUGGGAGAGAAACUUCGCAACACCUUCAGAUGCUCCUCCGCCAAGUUCAAAGCCUUUGUGUUUGGGCUGUUGCCUGUACUCUCCUGGCUUCCCAAGUACAAGAUCAAAGACUACAUCGUCCCGGACAUGCUGGGUGGACUCAGUGGGGGCUGCAUACAGGUGCCACAAGGUAUGGCAUUCGCCUUGCUGGCUAACCUGCCCGCAGUCAAUGGUCUCUACUCCUCCUUCUUCCCCCUCCUGACCUACUUCUUCCUGGGGGGAAUACACCAGAUGGUGCCAGGUACCUUUGCCGUUAUCAGCAUCCUGGUGGGUAACAUCUGUCUGCAGCUGGCCCCGGAGUCGAAAUUUCAGAUCUUCAACAAUGCCACCAACGAGAGCUACGUGGACACAGCAGCCAUGGAGGCGGAAAGGCUGCAUGUGUCGGCCACGCUCGCCUGCCUGACUGCUGUCAUUCAGAUGGGUUUGGGCGUCAUGCAAUUUGGCUUUGUUGCCAUUUACCUCUCGGAAUCCUUCAUCCGGGGCUUCAUGACAGCCGCUGGCCUGCAGAUCCUGAUCUCAGUGCUCAAGUACAUCUUUGGUCUGACCAUCCCCUCCUACACAGGCCCAGGCUCCAUCGUCUUUACCUUCAUUGACAUUUGCAAAAACCUCCCACACACCAACAUCGCCUCGCUCAUCUUCGCCCUGGUCAGCGCUGUCUUCCUGGUGUUGGUGAAGGAACUCAACGCCCGGUACAUGCACAAGAUCCAUUUCCCCAUCCCUACGGAGAUGAUUGUGGUGGUAGUGGCAACAGCUAUCUCUGGGAGCUACAAGAUGCCAAAAAAAUACCACAUGCAGAUCGUGGGAGAGAUCCAACAAGGGUUUCCCACUCCCGUGGUGCCGGUAGUUUCACAGUGGAAGGACAUGGUGGGCACCGCCUUCUCCCUGGCAAUUGUGGGCUACGUCAUCAACCUGGCUAUGGGCCGGACCCUUGCCAACAAGCAUGGCUAUGACCUGGAUUCUAACCAGGAGAUGAUCGCCCUGGGCUGUAGCAACUUCUUUGGCUCCUUUUUCAAGAUCCAUGUCAUCUGUUGUGCCCUCUCUGUCACACUAGCCGUGGAUGGGGCUGGAGGGAAGUCCCAGGUGGCAAGCUUGUGUGUGUCUCUGGUGGUGAUGAUCACCAUGCUGGUCCUGGGGUCCUAUCUGUACCCUCUCCCUAAGGCUGUGUUAGGAGCCCUGAUAGCUGUCAACCUCAAGAACUCCCUCAAGCAGCUCAGCGACCCCUACUACCUAUGGCGGAAGAGUAAGCUGGACUGUUGUGUCUGGGUGGUCAGCUUCCUCUCCUCGUUUUUCCUGAGUCUGCCCUACGGUGUAGCAGUGGGUGUCACCUUCUCCAUCCUGGUUGUGGUCUUCCAGACCCAGUUUCGAAACGGCUCCACACUGGCCCGGGUCAUGGACACGGACAUCUAUGUGAACCCCAAGACCUACAACAGGGUCCAGGAAAUUGAGGGGGUUAAGAUGGUCACUUACUGCUCCCCUCUCUACUUUGCCAACUCCGAGAUCUUCAGGCAAAAAGUCAUUGCCAAGACAGGUAUGGACCCCCAGAAAAUAUUACUCGCCAAGCAGAAAUAUCUCCGGAAGCAAGAGAAGAGGACGGUGAUGCCCACACAGCAGAGGAAGUCCCUCUUCAUGAAAACCAAGACAGUCUCUCUGCAGGAACUCCAACAGGACUUUGAAAAUGGUCCCUCAACUGACCCCAACAACAACCAAGCUCCUGCCGGUGACUCCAACAUAUCCUACAUCACCUUCAGCCCGGACACCUCAGCGGCUGCCCCGUGUGAGCUGCCCACCUCCGCUCAGUCCCCCGGGGAGCCUAGUGACACUCUGGCCAGUGUCCCACCUUUUGUCACCUUCCACACGCUCAUCCUCGACAUGAGUGGGGUCAGCUUUGUGGACUUAAUGGGCGUCAAAGCCCUAGCCAAGCUAAGUUCCACCUAUGGGAAGAUCGGAGUCCAGAUCUUUCUGGUGAACAUCCACGCCCAGGUGUACAAUGACAUCAGCCACGGGGGUGUCUUUGAAGAUGGGUGUGUCCAGCGCAAUCACGUGUUCCCCAGCAUCCAUGAUGCAGUCCUCUUUGCCCAGGCGAGCAGGAGAGGAGCCCCAGCAUGCAGCUUCCAAGGGGCUCCAGAAGAUGCUGAGUUCUCCAUGUAUGAUUCAGAAGAGGACAGUCCCAGCUACUGGGACUUAGAGCAGGAGAUGUUCGGGAGCAUGUUUCACACAGAGACCCUGACCGCCCUGUGAAGGCCCAUUUGGCUCCCACUCUUCCUCCUGAGCACCUGGGAUUUCCACGGACAAUAAGCCCAGGCCCACAGAAAGGGACAGAGGGAAGAGUAUGUCCCUCCACCAAGGCUCUAGAUCCUUGUCUUCUCUCCUGCCUUUCCCUCCCUCCCUGUGUCCCUGGGAGAGAGCUGCCUCAGGCUCUGCAGGCAGAAGAGCCUGUCCUGGCAAGGACUGACAAGGACGAGAGUUUGGUGAAGCCACCCCAUCACACACCCCCUUCCCAUUGGAGCCUGGGCCAGCAACAAGCUCCAUCUGCCCAUCUACCCUCGCCCCGCCCAUGGCAGGUUGACUUGCAGUGUUCAGAGAGCACCAACAGCAGAAAGAUAUGGGUGACUGAGCUGCAUGAGCGCAGCUCACACCGGUCUGUGGCCACCGAGGGUUCAGGCUGUGGUGGGACACAGGGAUGAACUGGGUUAGAAUGCUGAAGCUUGUCCCUCCAAUGGCCUUAUAGUUGUCAGAUUUGUGCCUCAAAGACACGGUACUGUCCCCAAUCCCGGACUCUGCGCCCAUUUCUGUCAUUGCUGUCCAGCCCUUCAGACUCUAGUGCGGGCAGUGGGCAGGACCCGCAUGACUGUGACCACUACCUCUCCAGGGACAACCCACCAAGGAGCUGAUUUGGCCUCUUGAAUCAUCCCUGCCUGGAUACUGUCCCAUUCUGGGGAACAGGUGACCAACAGAGUCCUCCAACGAAACAGCAGCAGCUAAUUAUGCACAAAACUCUUUCGAGAAUCCCUCCUUGCACUAGAGACAUGGAAAGGGGAAUAGGGUACUAGUUCAAACUCGGGACAAACUGGGGGACCCCGGGCCUGACAGUCCACCUGACCCCAGAGCCAGUAUCGCCUCCCCCUUGGGAAGUCUGCCAUGUCCAUGCUCACUUGGAAAGAGCCAGGCAUUUGAACUCUCCUUUCUCAGCCUGCAGCCAGAGCUGUGGUGGGACGCCCAGACAGGCAGAUGAGGAAGUCCUGAAGCGCUAGCUUCAGCACCCAACUGGCUACAGAUGUGAAGGACUGGAUCUCCAGGGAACUCUUAACCAUCUCAGGGUCUUUUACCCCAGGAAAAAUGAAAAUAGGAAUUAAAUCCUCGUGAAAACAGGGAGGUAACUAGAUACAUCCCACUGUGGACUUGAAAAUAGGUUCUCUUGCCGGGCAGUGGUGGUGCAGGCCUUUAGUCCCAGCACUCGGGAGCCAGAGGCAGGUGGAUCUCUGUGAGUUCGAGGCCAGCCUGGUCUAUACAGCGAGUUCCAGGACAGGCUCCAAAGCCACAGAGAAACCCUGUCUUGAAAAACCCAAAAAAAGAAAAAAAGAAAAGAAAAUAGGUUUUCUCUCUGUCUCCUCUCUCUCUCUCUCUCUCUCUCUGUCACACACACACACACACACACACACACACACACACACACACACACAUCUUGUAUUGUAAAACUACCAUACAAGUACACGGAAAUCUGGCCUCUCCUCCUUGUUGUUCAAGUUCCUUAGUAAUGACCCUUGUGCCAACAGGCUGGGCCGGACCAACCUGGGAAAGCAUCCCACUUACUAACUUGAGCCUGACCUUUGUGAUGUGUCCAUGUGUUAAGUAAGCUAGCAAGCUAGCAUGUAUCCUCUCUACAGUUAAAGCACAGGGCCCUGGCAAGCAGCCAGCACAUUCUUGGCGGUGGCUGUUGCUUCUCAGCGAAUCUAUUAUGCCAUCUGGCUGCCAAUGAAGCCCAAACCUUGGAAGGCUGAAAAGACAAUGUUAUCUGGGGUUCACUGGGCCCAGCACUCAAAGUGCCAAAUUCCAGGAGGAAGAGAACCCCAGCCAAUGACAACUUACCCUCCUCUACUCCACCUCCUUCAAAGUCCAAGACCUACGGGAAGGUCACAGAGUCCCCGGACAUCAUAAGUCCCUUUGAACCAACUGUCUAGAUCCCAUUAACCUGCAGGUCAGGCCCGGAACUCAAAGGGAUUGCUGACUCACGGUGGCCUGGGGCUUGGCUUGCUUGGGAAGGGGGCAAGCAUCUGCAGCAUGUGAAGUGCGUCCACACUCACAGAGCACAUGGUGGAGGCGUCAUUAGAACACAGGGGCAGG